CCUAAAAACUCUGGCAAAGUAGUUUCAAGAUGGCUGCUCUAUUGUAUGCCAUACAGCAGGCAGCUGUCUUGAGACGGGAGCGAGUCUUUAGAGAUCGAACGCAUCCCUUGGACAUCUAUGACGACAGCGAGAUGCUGAAGUUUUAUAGAUUCUCCAGACAGGGAUGCGUUCACAUCAUUAACAGACUCGCUCCCUAUAUUGAGCAUCCGACAAGACGAAAUUCUGCUAUACCUGCAAGCCUGCAAGUUUUUAUCACCUUGCGAUACUUUGCGACAGGCUCUAUGCUAACAAAUACCAGUAUAAUCCACGGUAUUAGUAUUUCCACGGCAUCGAGGACAGUGAGGAGAGUGACCUUAGCUUUGUAUCAGCUUAGAAAUGAGGUGAUCAAGUUCCCCCAGUCAAUUGAAGAUCUGAGAGAGCGACAAGUAGGUUUUUAUGGAGUGGCCCAUUUUCCAAAUGUGGUCGGUGCUGUCGAUGGAACGCAUGUUAAUCUGUUAGGGGCUCCACUAGGCGAGGACGAGUACCUGUAUGUUAACAGAAAGGGUCGCAAAUCACUGAACGUUCAACUGAUUUGCGACCACACCUACAAAUUGCUGAAUGUCGUUGCCAGGUGGCCAGGGAGCACCCACGACAGCCGCAUCUUGAGGAACAGUGCCAUUGGACAACGAUUUGAUGAUGGCGAACUGCAAGGUAUCCUGCUAGGCGAUGCAGGAUAUCGCCUGGAGCCAUGGCUCAUGACGCCAGUUCGAGAGCCACAUAACAAUGCUGAAAGAGCAUAUAACAGAGCACACUGUAAGACACGGGUUUUCAUCGAGCAAGUCAACGGGCAGCUCAAGAAUAAAUUCAGAUGCUUGUUGGGUGGUGGCAUCAAUAUGUCCCCAGAGAGGGCCAGUGACAUCAUCAUCGCUUGUUGUGUCCUCUUCAACAUAAGCAAGGAGUUGAAAGAACCAGAACAAGAAUACCACAUGGAAGUUGAUGAAGAUGUCAAUCCCCACGAGCCAGAAGGAAAUGAGCCCACUGGUGCUGCCGUAAGACAGGCUAUUAUAAACGAUUAUUUUGCUUGAACUGGUUUGGAUUUACCAUGCACAUUUUCCCCAUUGUCAUUGCUCUGUUAAAGUUGAAAGCUUUCGCUUUAUUUUCUAUUGACAUUUUUCAAAAUAUUUAUUGGAAAGGUGUUACAGAUAUUGUAACUAGUUUGAAAGCAUUGUAUUUACAAUUGCACUUUAUUUCUGAUUUAUAUAAUUUCACUACAAAUCAUAUUGUUUUGACCAGUUGAAAAUGAGCAAUGGCAAACUUCUGAAUCAUAAACCAUUGAUCUUCAAGGCACUAACUUUACUUCAACUUUGCUCUUAGGUUGUUGGUCUUUUCUAGCAUAAGGUAUAACCUCCAUAUACACAAUGAUCUAAUUAUGAUUUAACAUGUGGUAGAGUUUGGGACUGGCUGAGUGACAAAACUCACAAAAGUAAAUGUGAAUACAUAUACAUGUGCCUAAGAUCUAUGAAGAGUGAGAGGUUGUAGUCACAAGCAAUGCCCCUAAUGAUUGACAACAAAUCUUACCAAAAUGUGCACCUUUGGAGACAAUGAAAACAAUUGUCAUUCAUAUGUAUACAAACAUAGAUGCAUAAAUAUUCUUGGAGUAUAUAUUUACAGAAAGCACUUUUGCAAAUACUGUAUACUUGUCUAUUUUGAUCCUGACUUUCAUGGUGAAAGAUUCUCACAGUGAGCAUCAUAUUGAAUGGUUCUGUAAAUGUAUUGAAUAUUCCAAAUGAUAGAGUACAUCAUACCUCCAAAUGGUUGAUGAUUAUGAAAUUAUGAAAGAAACCCAAACCUGCAUACAUAUAAGACAUCUGAAUAUAUAAUUCUUCAUAUAUGCUGUGAGAGUCAGAUGCAACAGGCAAGGAUCACAUGGAAUGUGGUCAUGAAUCCCAUGAAAAUUGGUUUAUGCAUCAACUCUAGAAUCAAUUAAGCAUAACCCUGGAAUAUAAAGCAUUGGUGUACAUGAUCAGAAGUAAUUUGUGAAACAUUACAAUAUAGCAAGUGUCACCUGGGUUCCAACGAUAUAUGUUAAACACAGAUAUCAAGACCGAGAGUGAAGGGAUGGCUAAUUUUUACUCACUCUGAUUUACUUGAGCUUUUGUCUUGAGUGACACUGAAAAAUUGAUGCAGUCACACAUUUCAGAACAAGAUAAUGGAAAAAAAAACCCACAUCACUGAUGUUAUAAUAUUGGAGGAAAUCUUAUUGUACUUGUCACUUCUUUAGUGAAAUUUAUUUCAGAGUUGAAUAAUAGAGAAUUAGAGAUCAAUAUGUUAUCCUUUUACCCAGAUUUGGAUUAUGAAAAUGUAUAAGUGAACAUUGAACUAUUCUUAGAGAGGGAUUCUCAUGAGGAUUUCAGCACCAAAAUGUUUUUGUUGCAUUGCAAGGCAUUGAUUCAAAUUUUACUAGAGUAUUGAAUGAAUAACAUUAUUUUCUAUCUACUGAGAUGAGAAUAAAAGAUCAAGUUUAACAUCCUCAA